UCAUAGAAUCUUUGACCCUCUAAGAUGGCCUUUAAUUACCACAUUGCCACGCUGUUGGUUCUGCUUCUCGUGAACUCCACGGGAGGGGCGCUAGUACAGCAGCAGCCCCUCGUUCUCAAGUACCACAACGGCCAACUCCUCAAGGGAAGGAUCACCGUUAAUCUCUUAUGGUACGGCACCUUCACUCCAAUCCAACGCUCCAUAAUCGUUGACUUCAUAAACUCCCUCAGCUCCGGUGGUCCACCACAGCCUUCCGCAGCAUCCUGGUGGAAAACAACUGAAAACUACAAAGGUGGAGGCUCCUCUGCUCUCCUCGUAGGGAAGCAAAUCCUACACCCGGCUUAUUCCCUCGGAAAGUACCUCAAAUCAACGCACCUCCUUUCUCUCGCUUCCAGCUUCAACGACGUGUCCGCCAUCAACGUCAUUUUAACGGCUAAGGACGUUUCCGUUGAUGGUUUCUGUUCGAGCCGUUGCGGAACUCACGGCUCGACUCGUUCCGUCAAUGGGAAGGCCCGGACGGCGUACGUGUGGGUUGGAAACUCAGAGACUCAAUGCCCGGGCCAGUGUGCGUGGCCCUUCCACCAGCCCAUCUACGGCCCGCAAACUCCGCCGUUGGUGGCGCCAAACGGAGACGUUGGAGUUGACGGCAUGAUCAUCAACUUGGCUACACUUUUGGCGGGAACCGUAACUAACCCGUUCAACAACGGUUAUUUCCAGGGGCCGGCGACGGCGCCACUUGAAGCGGUGUCGGCGUGCACCGGAGUGUUUGGGACCGGGGCGUACCCAGGAUAUCCGGGUCGGGUUCUGGUGGAGAAGACGACGGGGGCGAGCUACAAUGCGAACGGAGUGAACGGAAGGAAGUUCCUGUUGCCGGCGAUGUGGGACCCGGUGACGUCAGCGUGCAAGACGCUUGUGUGAUAGUGAGAGAGAGGUUUGUACUUUGUAGUGUGGUGGUGUAGAUAUACUGAUUUAAAAGUGAAUUGUGAUGAAGUUGGGAAGGAAGAAGAUGAUGCAGGUUUCGUGUUGCUUUUGAAAAUUACUAGUUUGCCAUUUUAGAUUGUUCUUGUCAUUUACUGUAUGACGUGUAAAUUAAAUUCUGUUUCAUCACUUCAUGUAAAGAAGUUAAGGGGGGGGGAAAUAGUGUAUCUAUAAGUGUAUAACGAGGAAUAAAAAAAAAUGAAAUUUAUAUUUA